GCCGGACAACGCAGGUGUUGCUUCAUGAAUCAGUCUGCCAACUUUGUUUUCCUACUGGCACAGACAGGAAAGGUCACGUGGCUGCUCCUGCGAGACGAUGGAAGUCAUCAAAUACAACGAUUGUCCCAAUGCCCGCCUCCCCAACUCCCGCCGCCAGUGGUGUGAUAUGAGGAGUAGUCUUAUCACUCUUUCCUCGCUUGUCGACUGUUGGCGGUGGCGCGAACACGGACUGUGCCACUAGUGGCAUCAUUGCCGGCGUUGGCAAGCCAGGAGGAGGCUACGACAGAGCAGCCCGCGCCCCGCAUCCCGCCAUGGCGUCCAGCCGAACUGAGUCAUCAGAGGAAUGGUUUAUAAAAUGGAUGACACACCAACAAACACAGAAACUGGUUACAGCCGUGCAAAAAGGAAAGAAGGCAAAGCUGACGUCGGCCAUCGCCAGCGGUGCCAACCCUAAGGUCACCAUCCCCAUUGAUGCAGGAGUGUCGAUGUGUCUGGUGACUGUGGCUGCCACCAACGGCCACCACCACCUGCUAUCUCGCUUACUGCAGGCGGGGCUGAGCAUAGAGGGUGGAGGCACCUUCGACAGGACACCAUUGAUGGAGGCUGCCGUGAGAGGCCACACCCAGACAGUGGAGGCACUGCUGACCUUCGGUGCGAACCCUCUGGCGACGGAUGGUAAAGGAAGGAUGGCCCUCCACCAUGCUGCAGCGCUGGGCCACCAGCAGUGCGUGGCGACCCUCAUGCCUGUCACCCCUCCCACCCCCGCACACAUCGAGGCACUCACCCCGGUGCACACCGCCAGUUACUAUGGCCACGUGGAGGUACUGGAGCAGCUGGCGGGUGCUGGCUGGCCCCUCACCGCUAGGGACAGUGAUGGCGACACACCCCUGCACAGUGCUGCGGCGGGCGGCAGUGUGACAUGUCAGGAAUGGCUCAUGCAGCGAGGUGGUGACGCGCGCGUGCAAAACAAGGCAGGAUACACACCCUGGGACAAGGAGCUAGUCAUUGCUGUGGAGAAAGGAGACGAGGCAAGGGUGAGGUCGUCCCUCGCCAGGGGUGCCCAUUCAGAGAUCACCAUCCCCACUGUUGCUGGGAUGUCGCGGAGUCUGGUAAGUGUGGCUACCAACAAGGGCCACCACCACCUGCUGCCUCGCUUACUGCAGGCGGGGCUCAGCAUAGAGUGUGGAGGCACCACCAACACGACACCACUGAUGGAGGCUGCCAGGAAGGGCCACACCCAGACAGUGAAGGCACUGCUGACCCUCGGUGCGAACCCUCUGGCUACUGAUAGGAAAGGAAGGACGGCCCUCCACCAUGCUGCAGCGCUGGGCCACCAGCAGUGCGUGGCGGCCCUCAUGCCUUUCACCCCUCCCACCCCCGCACACAUCGAGGCACUCACCCCGGUGCACACCGCCAGUUACUAUGGCCACGUGGAGGUACUGCAGCAGCUGGCGGGUGCUGGCUGGCCCCUCACCGCUAGGGACAGUGAUGGCAACACACCCCUGCACAGUGCUGCGGCGGGCGGCAGUGUGACAUGUCAGGAAUGGCUGGUGCAGCGAGGUGGUGACGCGCGCGUGCAAAACAAGGCAGGAUACACACCCUGGGACAAGGAACUAGUCAUUGCUGUGAAGAAAGGAGACGAGGCAAGGGUGAGGUCGUCCCUCGCCAGGGGUGCCCAUUCAGAGAUCACCAUCCCCACUGCUGCUGGGAUGUCGCGGAGUCUGGUAAGUGUGGCUACCAACAAGGGCCACCACCACCUGCUGCCUCGCUUACUGCAGGCAGGGCUCAGCAUAGAGGGUGGAGGCACCACCGACACAACACCUCUGAUGGAGGCUGCCAGGAAGGGCCACAUCCAGACAGUGAAGGCACUGCUGACCCUCGGUGCGAACCCUCUGGCGACUGAUAGUAAAGGAAGGACGGCCCUCCACCAUGCUGCAGCGCGGGGCCAGCCGCAGUGCGUGGCGGUCCUCAUGCCUGUCAUCCCUCCCACCCCCGCACACAUCGAGGCACUCACCCCGGUGCACACCGCCAGUUACUAUGGCCACGUGGAGGUACUGCAGCAGCUGGCGGGUGCUGGCUGGCCCCUCACCGCUAGGGACAGUGAUGGCGACACGCCCCUGCACAGUGCUGCGGCGGGCGGCAGUGUGACAUGUCAGGAAUGGCUGGAGCAGCGAGGUGGUGACGCGCGCGCGCAAAACAAGGCAGGACUCACACCCAGGGACACGGAACUAGUCAUUGCUGUGCAGGAAGGAGACGAGGCAAGGGUGAGGUCUUCCCUCGCCAGGGGUGCCCAUUCAGAGAUCAGCGUCCCCACUGUUGCUGGGAUGUCGUGGAGUCUGGUAAGUGUGGCUGCCAGCAAGGGCCACCACCACCUGCUGCCUCGCUUACUGCAGGCGGGGCUCAGCAUAGAGGGUGAAGGCACCACCGACACGACACCGCUGAUGGAGGCUGCCAGGAAGAACCACACCCAGACAGUGAAGGCACUGCUGAUCCUCGGUGCGAACCCUCUGGCGACGGAUAGUGAAGGAAGGAUGGUCCUCCACCAUGCUGCAGCGCUGGGCCAGCAGCAGUGCGUGGCGGCCCUCAUGUCUGUCACCCCUCCCACACCCGCACACAUCGAGGCACUCACCCCGGUGCACACCGCCAGUUACUAUGGCCACGUGGAGGUACUGCAGCAGCUGGCGGGUGCUGGCUGGCCCCUCACCGCUAGGGACAGUGAUGGCAACACACCCCUGCACAGUGCUGCGGCGGGCGGCAGUGUGACAUGCCAGGAAUGGCUCAAGCAGCGAGGUGGUGACGCGCGCGUGCAAAACAAGGCAGGACACACACCCUGGGACGAGGAACUAGUCAUUGCUGUGGAGAAAGGAGACGAGGCAAGGGUGAGGUCGUCCCUCGCCAGGGGUGCCCAUUCAGAGAUCACCAUCCCCACUGCUGCUGGGAUGUCGCGGAGUCUGGUAAGUGUGGCUGUCAGCAAGGGCCACCACCACCUGCUGCCUCGCUUACUGCAGGCAGGGCUAAGCAUAGAGGGUGGAGGCACCACCAACACGACACCGCUGAUGGAGGCUGCCAGGAAGGGCCACACCCAGACAGUGAAGGCACUGCUGACCCUCGGUGCGAAACCUCUGGCGACUGAUAGUAAAGAAUGGACAGCCCUCCACCAUGCUGCAGCACUGGGCCAGCAGCAGUGCGUGGCGGCCCUCAUGCCUGUCACCCCUCCCACCCCCGCACACAUCGAGGCACUCACCCCGGUGCACACCGCCAGUUACUCUGGCCACGUGGAGGUACUGGAGCAGCUGGCGGGUGCUGGCUGGCCCCUCACCGCUAGGGACAGUGAUGGCAACACGCCCCUGCACAGUGCUGCGGCGGGCGGCAGUGUGACAUGUCAGGAAUGGCUGGUACAGCGAGGUGGUGACGAGCGCGUGCAAAACAAGGCAGGACACACACCCUGGGACACGGAACUAGUCAUUGCUGUGAAGAAAGGAGACGAGGCAAGGGUGAGGUCUUCCCUCGCCAGGGGUGCCCAUUCAGAGAUCACCAUCCCCACUGCUGCUGGGAUGUCGCGGGGUCUGGUAAGUGUGGCUACCAACAAGGGCCACCACCACCUGCUGCCUCGCUUACUGCAGGCGGGGCUCAGCAUAGAGUGUGGAGGCACCACCAACACGACACCGCUGAUGGAGGCUGCCAGGAAGGGCCACAUCCAGACAGUGAAGGCACUGCUGACCCUCGGUGCGAACCCUCUGGCUACUGAUAGGAAAGGAUGGACGGCCCUCCACCAUGCUGCAGCGCGGGGUCAGCAGCAGUGUGUGGCGGCCCUCACGCCCGUCAUCCCUGCCACCCCCGUACACCUCGAGGCAAACACCCCGGUGCACGCCGCCAGUUACCAUGGCCACGUGGAGGUACUGAAGCAGCUGGCGGGUGCUGGCUGGUCCCUCACCGCUAAGGACAGUGAUGGCAACACACCCCUGCACACUGCUGCGUGGGGGGGUAGCGUGACAUGUCUGCAAUGGCUGGUAAAUGGAGGUGGUGACCCGCGCGUGCAAAAUAAGAGUGGACACACCCCGCUGGACGUGGCCGUGCAGUUUGGCCGCCACGAGGUGGAGACCUGGUUGGCCAAAAAUGGUGGCGCUGUUGUGAGGAACGAGAAUCUUCUUGUGGAGGAAGUGAGAAUAUGGCGGCGCAGGCACGAAAACAACCACAACGAAGUCUUUUCCUUUAUGAUGGAGGGCAACGAGGCAGCCCUGUCCCUCAUCCCCGAGACGUAUGAUGGUCACGCGAUGAACCAGGAAGGCCUGACGCCCCUUCACGCCGCGGCGCUGCUCGGGGCUUCCAGUCGUGUAGUGAAGGCUUUGCUGAGGCGCGGCGUGAGCCCUCAUGUGAUCACCCCUGACAACAUGACCCCCGCUGACCUGGCACGGCAAGAGGGCCAUGACCCAGUGAUUAAGGGACUACAGUGCUACCAGUGUGAAAAGGGCGCCGCGCCCCCCGAGCACCUGUAUCAGGAGCUGCUCUCAACAGUCAGUCGCGGGGACGACGUGCAAGCGGUGUCCAAUCUCCUUUGUAAAGGCGCCCCCAUAGAAACCCUGGGUGGCCGCUCCGCCCUCAGACUGGCUGUCACCACCGACCGUGCACGCACCGUCAGCCUGCUGCUGGCAAGCGGCGCCUCCCUGUCCGCCAACCUGCUGCAGGAGGCUUGGCAGAGUCCCAAUGUGACCCACAGGGUGCUGGCCUCCCUCACCAGCGCGUACUGCUGCCGGCUGCGUUUGGAGCAACGUCGUCUGGUAAAGGUCAGCCGCGCUCUUGUCGAAGGUAUCAGCAAUCUGGUGGAAGACAUCGAGGGAAGUACUCCAUGGCUGGCUGCCUGGCGAUGGGGCGAGGACACUGACCUGGCAACUCUGAGUUAUCUCCUGGCAAAGGCUGCGGCCGCCAACUGCCCCGUGACUGCCGCCUUCCUGCAGAGUGCAGGAGCGUGGCCUUUCUUUAGCCAAGCCUCGGGUGGCAGUGCCCUGCACGCCGCGCUGGACGCCGGACACCAGGCCAUGGCCGAGUUGCUGAUCAGGGACCUCGGGGGCUGCCCCUACGUGCCGGACACACACGGUCGCCUUCCAGUGCACAUGAUGAGUGACGAGAAGCGACAGAGGUUGGAGCAGAGGCUCUUCGAGGAGGAGCGGGAGAAACUGAAGGAUCUGGAGUUUCGGCAGAAAGCAGAUCGCGAGAAAGCGGCGGCACGGACAGCGCUGGACGUGCAGAAGGUUCUUUUUGACAACCACAAGAAAGGAGAGGAUAAGAAUGUUUCUGCAGGUGAUGGCAGCGCCGCCCUGCUGCUGGCCGCGCGCAAAGGUCUUCUGCAGUUGACUCAUCUGCUGCUGCGGGAGGGUCGCCGCCCCGUGGACAAGGUGGUGGACGACACCUGCGGCACCACCGCCCUCCACCAGGCGGCCUCGCACGGCCAGGACGGUUGUGUGGCGCUGCUGCUGAGCGAAGGCGCCAACACACAGCAGUGCGACAGCUACGGCCAGACUCCCCGACUCCUUGCCGCCAUGUUUGGCCACACAAGCACUGCUGACUUGCUGGCCCAACAAGAUGUGCAGGACCCUCCUUGCCGCGCGGGCACCACUGCCAAGCAAGUGACGCGAGGAUUUGAAGCAUACUUGCAGCUUUAUGAGAAGUAUGCUCAUGAUCCUCUGACUCCAUUUGACCGCCACAACCCCGACAGCGUCACAAGGAAGCUUAUGAAAUGCAUACGUGUAGGAAAACUGCAACAGGAGGCUCAGCGGGUGGCUGUUGACUUAUCACAGGGCGAGGCCCUUCAAAUACAUGAGACGGUGAUGGCGGAACUGAAAGCCAUCAUGGAUAAUGUGUCAGCCGCCGACCCCACCUACCGCGGCGACCUGAGGCUGGCGGGCAGCUCUCGGGACGGCUCCAAGUUGUACGCUCCCGACGAGUUUGACGUAAAUAUCGUGAUUCACGGUGAUGACGUACGAGUAAAUGUUAGUGAGAGAAGAAAGGAAGAAGCCCUGCUGAAGGGCAGGUUACAGAUCGCUGUGAAGACUGACAACCCCAACCUUAAGGGGAAUAGUUUCAUGGCCAAUCUGUACAAGGAGGUGCACCGCUGCCUCGCUGACCACACCCUGCAAGACGAAAGACUGAGCCUGGUGCCGCCGGGCCUUACUAGUACGCAGGUGGGCGUGGCACUUGCCCUGGCCUGGCAGGGGCGAGAUUAUCCACUGUUGCUGGUCGGCGUGGAUCUGGUGCCGGUGCUGGAGGUGCCAUGGCUGGAACAAAUCCCCAGACCCUUCCUCACUCCCGGGAACACCACCACUAUGCAGCUCAGUAAUGCCGCGGAUGGCUCAUGGCGCUGCAGCUUUGCCUUGACGGAGGCAAAGGUGCUAGGGACGCUGAGGCCCGCGGAGCGCCAGUUGCAACUGAUGGGAAAGGUACUUCUUUCCCGCCUCAAGGCUGAGCGCUGGAUGCCACGACACAAGAAGAGCUUCUGCACCUGGUUUGCCACACGGGAGUGGAGCAUUCCGGUGCCGAGCGGGUUUUGCUUCAAGAACGCAUUCCUGCGGUGGCUGGAGCAUAGGAGGCGUGGGGAGAGACACCCUGCCAAGCAGCUGGAGGCGGGGCGGGAGAGGGACCCCGCCAGAUGGCUGGUGCAAGUGUUCAGACUGAUGUGUGCAGACCCAAAGGAAUCGCGAGAGCGCCUGACAACUCAAAACAACUCUGCCUACUUUGGAGGGGACUGUGAGGGGCGAAAACCUGGGGACGGGGCGCCUGCCAUCGUGCAGUGUCUGGAGGAGGACUUGGAAAAGUUACCGGCGCUGCGUUUUUGGAUGCAGAAGAUGCAGCUCCACGGUAAUAAUCAGCAGUGAUUCGCACCACUCUGUGAACCUCACACACACACGCACACACACACACACACACAAACACACACACACACACACACACACACACACACACACACACACACACACACAUACACAGGUGGUAAUCUCCAGAGACACAAAUGCUCGAUGUCAGACGCCACAUAUGGACAAUGAAUAGUGUAACAGUAAGGUAAUAUGUAACACGUGAGCUCUCAAAUUUGGAAACUUGUAUAUGUAAAACAAUGCUUGCCUUGUGAAAAAAAAAAAAAAAAUUAAGAGAAGUGUUUGAAUAAACUAAAGGCAAACAUUAUUUUGUUUAUGUUA